AUCGAACUUACCGUCUCCCUCUCUCUACCACGACGCAUUGCCUGCCGUGGAUUAAAAAAAUGGCUCAACAGUUACCAAUACGGUUUAGUGAAAUACUACAGCUGGCUUCUUUGGGAGUUCAGCCUUCAUUUGGCUUUACCAAUGUUACUCUUCAAUCAGAAAAAUAUGUUUGUAUUCGCGAUAAUUCCAACGGUACCAAUCAAGUUGUGAUCGUUGACCUUGAGAACCCUGAAAAUGUGGUUCGCCGACCAAUUUCGGCGGAUUCGGUAAUUAUGCACCCAAAAAAGAUGAUUAUCGCCUUGAAGGCUCAAAAACAACUUCAGGUGUUUGAUUUAGAAGCCAAAGCCAAGCUAAACAGCUUUGUGAUGACACAAGAGGUUGUCUAUUGGACUUGGAUCAGUGACUCUACCAUCGGUAUUGUCACCGAUACUUCCGUAUACCAUUGGUCUCUUAACGGAUCUGAUCCCGUCAAAAUGUUUGACCGUCAUAACUCUUUGAAUGGCACCCAAAUUAUUUCUUACAGAAGCAACUAUAAUGAAGAAUGGUUUACCCUUGUUGGUAUCUCUUCACGUGACAAUCGCAUAGCCGGUAAUUUACAACUUUACUCCAAGAAGAGAAAAGUCAGUCAACCUUUAGAAAGCCAUGCCUCUGCAUUUGCCGUUAUUAGACCUGAAGGCCUUAGUUAUGAUGUACAAGUACUUGCCCUUGCCAGCCGGUUACCGACUGGCUCCAAAUUAAGUAUUGUUGAAAUUGAUCGCAACCCUAAUAAUCCUGCUUUUGCUACGAAGACCGUGGACCUUUUCUUCCCUCCUGAAGCUGCUAAUGACUUUCCUAUUGCCAUUCAAAUAGCGCCUAAAUAUGGUGUUGCAUAUGUUUCUACGAAGUUUGGAUUUAUUCACGUUUAUGAUUUGGAAACCGCCAAGUGCAUCUAUAUGAACCGUGUAUCAGGCGAGUCUAUUUUCGUUACUGCUCCCCAUGAAUCCGUGAACGGUAUCAUGGCCGUUAACCGUAAAGGCCAAGUUUUGAGUGUUUCCAUAAACCCUGACACGAUUAUUCCUUAUGUCCUAAACAAUUUAACUGAUGCUGGAUUGGCUGUACGAUUAGCUUCUCGUGCCAAUUUACCCGGAGCCGACAAUUUAUAUGCUCAACAAUUCCAGCAGUUAAUGAUGCAAGGCAACUAUGGUGAUGCGGCUAAAGUGGCUGCCUCUUCACCCCGCGGCAUCCUCCGCACGGCUCAGGUUAUUGAACAAUUUAAGCAAUUACCCGCUGUUCCUGGUCAGAUUGCACCUAUUUUGCAAUAUUUCGGCACCUUGUUAGAUAAGGGUCCAUUAAAUGAACAUGAGUCGUUGGAAUUGGCUCGGCCAGUGCUUGCCCAAAACCGUGUUCAACUUUUAGAAAAAUGGUACAACGAGAAUAAACUUGCUUGCACGGAGGUACUUGGUGACCUUAUUAAGCCGGUCAAUUCUGCUUUGGCUUUGAAGGUAUAUGAAACAGCCAAUGUCCCCAACAAAGUAGUUAUGUGCUUGUCCGAACUUGGUGACUUCAAUAGAUUGGUUACCUACACAAGCCAAACAAGCUUCACUCCCGAUUACGUUUCGCUUUUGCAAAAUUUGGUUCGAGUUAACCCUGACCAAGCCGCUGAAUUUGCUACUCAGAUGUACAAUAGCGACCCUUCAGUUAAUUUGGAGAAAAUUGUUGAUAUUUUCAUGUCUCAAAACCUUGUACAACAGGCCACUGCCUUCUUGCUGGAUGCUCUUAAGGAUGAUAGUCCAGCACACUCUCAUUUGCAGACUCGUUUGCUUGAAAUGAAUCUUAUUAAUGCCCCUCAGGUCGCGGACGCUAUCCUUGGGAAUCAAAUGUUCUCCCAUUUUGAUCAUCAAGCUAUUGCUUCUCUAUGUGAACGUGCAGGUUUAGUUCAACGUGCUCUAGAGCUUUACGAGAAACCCGCUGAUAUUAAGAGAGUCAUUGUGCACACUAAUUUAUUGAAUCCUGAAUGGUUAAUGUCGUACUUCGGCAAAUUUUCACCUGAUGAAGUUUAUGAUUACCUUAGAGAGAUGCUCCGCACAAACCUCCGCCAAAAUUUGCAAGUUGUAGUACAAGUUGCUACUCGUUAUUCUGAUUUGGUUGGACCCCAACGACUUAUUGAAAUGUUUGAAAAGUUCAAGACUUUUGAGGGCCUUUAUUAUUACCUCGGAAGCAUCGUUAACAUUACACAAGAUGCUGACGUCGUAUAUAAAUAUAUUCAAGCCGCUUGUCUUAUGAACCAAUUCACCGAGGUUGAACGUAUUUGCCGUGACAAUAAUGUUUAUAACCCCGAGAAGGUCAAAAACUUGCUUAAAGAAGCCAAGUUAGCUGAUCAACUUCCAUUAAUCCUUGUUUGCGAUCGUUAUAACUUUGUUAACGAUUUGAUCUUUUAUCUUCAUCGAAACAACCUUCCUCAGUUUAUCCAAAUUUACGUGCAACGCAUUAAUCCUUCAAAAACUCCACAUGUUAUCGGAGCUCUGUUGGAUAUGGAUUGUGAAGAAGAGUUUGUGAAAAUUCUCUUAAACUCUGUUGUUGGUCAAGUCCCUGUCGAUGAAUUGGUGGAAGAAGUAGAAAGACGGAACCGUCUUAAAUUGUUGCUCCCUUACUUGGAAACAUUAUUACAAUCAGGUAGCCAGGACCGUGCUAUUUAUGAUGCUCUUGCUAAAAUCUACAUCGAUUCCAACAACAAUCCAGAGGUUUUCCUUAAGGAAAACAAUGUGUAUGACACCCUCUCAAUUGGUAAAUACUGUGAAAAGCGUGAUCCUUACUUAGCUUUUAUCGCUUACGAAAAGGGCACCAAUGAUGCUGAACUAAUUGCCCUUUGUAACGAAAAUUCAAUGUUUAAGCAAUUGGCUCGUUAUUUGCUUAAGAGAAGCGACCCUGAACUGUGGGUUGAUGUGCUACAAGAUCAGUUGUACCGCAGACCUUUGCUUGACCAAGUUAUUGCAACCGCUGUUCCUGAAUCUUCUGAUCCUGAGGCAGUUUCCAUCGUGGUUCGUUCUCUCAUGGAAGUCGAUCUCCCUAGUCAAUUGAUUGAGCUUUUGGAAAAGAUUGUUUUGCAGCCCUCGUCGUUCAGUGAAAACGCUAAUCUCCAAAACUUGCUGUUCUUGACUGCUAUAAAGGCUGAUAAAUCACGCGUCAUGGAGUAUAUUGAGCGACUCCACAAUUACGAUGUUGAGGAGAUUUCUGAGAUUGCCGUAGAAAACGGUUUAUUUGAAGAAGCCUUUAAAAUCUACAAAUCUCAUCAAAAGCACGAAGAGGCUAUGAAGGUUCUCGUUGAGGACAUUGUCAGUCUCGAUCGCGCUGAAGAAUACGCCGAAAUUGUGGACCAACCUGAAGUAUGGUCCCGUCUAGCCAAGGCUCAACUAGAUGGUAUCAGAAUUUCCGAAGCUAUUUCUUCUUACUUAAAGGCUAAUGAUCCCUCCAAUUAUGAAGAGGUUAUUGAAUUGUCAUCUAGAGCCGGUAAGUAUGAAGAUUUGAUCAAAUACCUCUUUAUGGCUAGAAGCAAGAUGCAUGAACCCGAUGUUGAUAGUGCCAUUUUGGUUUCAUAUGCCCGAACCAACCAAUUGGCCGAGAUGGAGACCUUUUUGAUUGGUUCCAACGUGGCUGAUGUGAAGGCCGUUGGUGAUGAGUGCUUUGACAGUGGUAAAUAUGAAGCCGCUAGAAUUAUGUAUUCAAGCAUUUCCAACUGGUCCAUGCUUGCUACUACUUUGGUUUACUUAAGCGAAUAUCAAGGUGCUGUUGAUUGCGCUCGUAAGGCAAACUCAAUAAAAGUAUGGAAGCAAGUCGGAACUGCCUGUAUCGAACAGCGUGAAUUCCGUUUAGCUCAAAUCUGUGGCUUGAACUUGAUUGUUCACGCUGAAGAGCUUACAUUCCUAAUCCGCUUGUAUGAGGACCGUGGCUAUUUUGACGAAGUCAUUUCCCUUAUGGAAGCCGGUUUAGGAUUAGAACGUGCUCAUAUGGCUUUCUAUACUGAGCUUGCUAUUCUCUAUUCUAAAUACAAGCCUGAGCGCUUGAUGGAGCAUUUGAAGUUAUUCUGGGGUAGACUUAAUAUGGCCAAGGUAGUCAAGGCAUGCGAUCAAGCACACCUCUGGAAUGAAGCUGUUUUCUUAUAUGUUCACGACCAAAGUUAUGAUAACGCUGCUGCCAUAAUGAUGGAAGAGCCCGAAGCUUUUGAUCAUCAAUCAUUCAAAGAUAUUAUUGUACACGUGGCGAAUUUGGAGUUGUACUAUAGAGCCUUACAUUUUUAUUUGGAACAACAUCCUAUGCUCCUUACCGACUUAUUGGCUGCUUUAACUUCUCGUAUUGAUCAUGCCCGUGUUAUCCGCAUCUUUGAAAAAUCUGAAAAUACACCUCUCAUUAUGAACUUUAUGGUUGCUAUUCAGCAUUUAAAUAUCGAAGCUGUUAACAAUGCUUACAAUGAUCUAUUAAUUGAAAUGGAAGAUUACCAAUCUUUGCAGGACUCCAUCGAUAACUAUGAUCGUUUUGAUGCUAUUGCCUUAGCUAGGCGACUUGAAAAGCAUACUUUGCUUGAAUUCCGCCGUAUUGCAGCUUACAUCUAUCGUAAAAAUGGACGAUGGAUCCAAUCCAUUGAACUUUCUAAGCAGGAUCGUUUUUACAAGGAUGCCAUUAUUACCGCUCGUGAUUCCAAACAAACUGAGAUUGCUGAGGACUUGAUGAAAUACUUUGUCGAAAUCGGCAACUAUGAAUGCUUUACCGCAAUAUUGUAUAAUUGCUAUCAUUUGCUUCGUAAUGAUUUAGUAAUGGAGAUUAGCUGGCGCAAGGGAUUGCAAGAUUACGCUUAUCCUUAUUUCAUUAACUUCCAAGCUGAAAUGUUUUCCAAAAUCUUGACUUUGGAAAAGGACAUCAAGGAAAAGCAGGUAGCCAAGCCUGAUGAGGAACCAAGCAACCUAGGUUCUGGUAUUCUUGGUAACACCUUGAUGCUUACUCAAGGACCAAUGGCUACAGGCAGUAGCAAUGCAGGUGCUUCCGGCUUUGGAUUUUAAGCAACACUUUCUCCAUUAUGUAUUCGUUAUUAAGAAAUUUAAUGCCAUUCUUUUUGAACUACUGAACUUCAGGUUCAUAGCAAGAAAUCAAUCCUAUUAUGAUACUAUAGACAAUA